AUGGUCCACUUCCGGACAGAUAUUGGCGCGACGAAUGAAGCGGCGGAUCCAAAUAACGAGAACUAUGCAAAAGAGCUCGAGACUGAUGUGCUGAUCGUAGGCGCUGGCUUCGGCGGCAUCUACCUAAUGCACAAGCUUCGCCAACAGGGUUUCAAAUGCAAGAUUAUGGAGGCUGGUACCAACAUUGGUGGCAUAUGGCAUUGGAACUGCUAUCCUGGAGCUCGAGUCGAUUCUCAGGUUCCUAUCUAUGAGUACAGCAUGCCUGAGAUCUGGCAGGAUUGGAGCUGGUCGUGCAGAUAUCCCGGUACGGAAGAGCUCCAAAAGUACUUUGACCACGUCGAGAGAAAGUUGGACAUUAAAAAAGACUGCGCAUUCAACACCAGGGUUGUCGGCGCACAAUUCGACAAGCCUUCGUCGAAGUGGGUGGUGAAGACGGAAGACGGUCGCACAGCGCGCUGCAAAUAUUUCCUCUUGGCCCUAGGUUUCGCGGCAAAGCGCCACUUUCCCGAUUGGCCAGGUAUGGACAAAUUCGAGGGAGAAAUCCAUCACAGCUCAUUCUGGCCUGCAUCUGGAGUAGACGUCACUGGCAAGCGUGUUGCCGUCAUUGGAACUGGGUCGACCGGUGUCCAAAUCGCCCAAGAGACUUCGAAAACGGCCGCAAGUAUAACGCAAUUCGUUCGAACGCCGAACCUUUGCCUGCCUAUGCAGCAAAAGCCUCUGACCAAAGAGGAGCAGGACAAGCGGAAACAAGGAGAAUACCAGGAGAUCUUCAAGAGAAGGCUGACAACUUUCGCUGGCUUCCAGUACGAUUACAUUGAGAAGAACACAUUUGACGACUCGCCUGAGGAGCGCGAAGCGUUCUACGAGAAGAUGUGGGAGAACGGUGGUUUUGAGUUCUGGCUGGCAAACUACAAGGACUUGUUAUUUGAUAACAAGGCCAAUCGUGAAGCCUACAACUUCUGGGCCAAAAAGACGCGUGCCCGGAUAACAGAUCCAGAGAAGCGUGAGAUUCUUGCGCCUCUAGAGCCCCCGCACGCAUUUGGCACCAAGCGACCAAGUCUGGAACAAAACUAUUAUGAGAUGCUCGACAAGCCCGAGAACAAGGUUGUCGAUGUGAACAAGAAUCCAAUCAAGGAAGUCACAGAGAAGGGCAUUGUGCUAUCCGAUGGUACGCUUCACGAGUUUGAUGUCAUCGCCCUCGCAACCGGCUUCGACUCAGUGACUGGUGGAAUGAAGAACAUGGGACUUAAGGAUGUUGACGGUGUUGAAUUGUCGGAAAAAUGGAAAAACGGUACUUACUCGUACCUGGGUAUGAGUUUGAGCGGGUUCCCUAACUGCUUCUUCCUCUAUGGCGCCCAGGGUCCGACGGCGUUUUCCAACGGACCCACGUGCGUUGAGGUCCAGGGAGACUGGAUUGUGGAUGCCAUGGUCAAGCUUCGAGAGCAAGGUAUCAACUACUGCGACCCCACACACGAAGCAGAGAAGGAAUGGCGGGAGAAGAUCACUGAGCUCUCGGAUAAGACACUGUUCCCGCAGACCAAGUCGUGGUACAUGGGCGACAACAUUCCUGGCAAGCUUCGAGAGCAGUUGAACUUUGCGGGCGGGUUCCCAUUCAAGGCAUCUCGCCUCGGCCGACAAUGGGCGACUCCAAAGUUCAAGGGCCGAACGCUGCUAUGGUCAGGCGCAGCCACGGGGGCUGCGGGGGGCGCGAUACUCAGCCCACUCGCAUUCGUCCAGGUCGCCAACGACGAGUCGGAUCAUGGAGAAAAGACGCACGAGGAGGCCAUGCUGGAGGCGUCGCGGAAGGAACUGAAUGAGCAGGUGCCCCAUGCGCUGAGGAACUCUUCCAAGUACAGGCGGGGCAUAUACUUCCUCAUUGACGACUACAUCAUCGAGCCCAUAGCCACCGGAUUCCGCUUUCUCCAUCUCAUCAUCAUCUUCGUGCCCGUCAUAGUGACGAUACCUGCAAUAUGGCUUGGAUCACGGCAGCCGGAUAGGGACAACGAGCGGAGCGGGACAUUGUGGUGGUAUGGCUUCCUGGUCGGCUCCAUGGAGAGGGCCGGUGCUGCCUUCAUCAAGCUUGGGCAAUGGGCAGCCUCCCGAACAGACGUCUUUCCGACCGAGAUGUGUCUCAUCAUGUCAACCCUCCACUCCAACGCCCCGGCGCACACACUGCAAACCUCGAAGCGAACAAUCGAGGCGGCAUUUGAUGGACAGAGCUUCGACGAUAUCUUCGACGAGUUUGACGAGAAACCACUGGGUGUGGGCGCCAUCGCGCAGGUGUACAAGGCAAAGCUGAAGCCACACCUUGCCACGCUAGAGGACAACUCGAUCGAUCGAAAAGAAGCCAAUCUAGCGCGUCGGAUCAAGAAGAACGUCGACGUGACGCUGAAGAGCUCACCCUCGAGAGUGCCAUCUAGCCAUGUUGCCAUCAAGGUUCUCCAUCCCAACAUCGAGAAGAUAGUCCGGAGAGACUUGCGCAUAAUGGGUUUCUUCGCGGCUGUUAUCAACGCCAUACCCACCAUGGAGUGGUUGUCAUUUCCCGAUGAAGUGGAACAGUUUGGUGAGAUGAUGAGACUGCAAUUAGAUCUACGCAUCGAAGCCGCAAACCUCACCCUCUUCCGACGAAACUUCAAAGACCGAACCACAGCCUGGUUUCCUUAUCCUUACACGGAAUACACUACGCGCAACGUGUUGAUCGAGGAAUUCGCCCAGGGCAUUCCUAUGGAAGACUUUCUACAAAAUGGAGGUGGAGUAUUUCAAAAGGACAUUGCAGAUGAAGGUUUGGAUGCCUUUCUUACCAUGGUCCUCAUCGACAACUUUAUCCAUGCCGACCUACAUCCGGGAAACAUAAUGGUGCGGUUUUACAAGCCCGAGCGGCUAGACGUCUCAAUCUUCGCCCGCAAGGAAGAUCGAAGGACCGGCCCCAAAGAGUCGCUCGAUGUUACCGAAGAGGUACUUGAGCGUCUGCGACCAUACAAGAAGGAUCCCCAGCAGUGGAAAGCGAAGCUACAGGAGAUCGAUAACGAAGGGUAUCGACCACAGCUCAUCUUCAUCGAUACGGGUUUGGUAACGGAACUCAAUGGAAAGAAUCGCGCCAAUUUUCUGGAUCUCUUCAAGGCUGUUGCCGAGUUUGAUGGUUACAAGGCAGGACAUCUGAUGGUAGAGAGAUGCAGACAGCCAGAUGCAGUACUCGACGGAGAAGUCUUUGCUUUGCGCAUGCAACAUCUGGUCUUGGGAGUCAAGAGCCGUACUUUUGCUCUUGGCAACAUCAAGAUUGGAGAUAUCCUUAACGAGGUUCUCUCUAUGGUGCGAACGCAUCAUGUACGGCUUGAAGGCGACUUUGUAAACGUUGUUCUUAGUAUCCUCCUCCUAGAGGGUAUUGGAAGGAGUUUGAACCCAAACCUGGAUCUCUUUGCAGGUGCUCUACCAAUACUUCGACAACUUGGUACGCAAAGUGGCUCUUCGAUGAUUCGUGGAGGCGACUUUUCGAUGCUCAAGGUUUGGGUCGGUCUUGAGGCGCGCAGCUUCUUGCAAGCCUCGAUUGAUACGGUCGAACGAUAUGUCAAGUCCGACCAGCUUUCCCCGAAUAUAUAA